AUGGUCCGCAAGACAUCCUCUGGCUUCUUCACUUCAAUACACGAAGACAUUCCUCUCCAUGUAUCUAGAGGGUAUGACCGGAUGGUGCAGCAUACCGUAUAUCCACUCGAAUCACGGCAGUCCUCUCCUCCAGCCGCCGUCCGGGCUUCGUUCUCUCCGGAGACAUACAUAAAACCAUAUCUCGACUUCAUGACAAACAACCCUACUGUGUAUCACGCAGUUGACGCUUUCACCUCACAACUCGCCGCAGCUGGCUAUGAAUACCUCUCAGAGAGAACCUUGUGGAAGAUAAAGCCUGGUGGGAAAUACUAUACAAAGCGGAAUAGCAGCGCUUUCAUCGCCUUUGCUGUGGGCAAGGACUACAAGCCUGGAAAUGGCCUCGGCAUCGUCGCCGGCCAUAUCGACGCCCUGACUGCCAGAAUCAAGCCUGUCCCCACCCUCUCCACCAAGGCUGGUUAUGUACAGCUAGGAGUGGCUCCUUACGCCGGCGGGAUGAAUUUCACCUGGUGGGAUCGAGACUUGGGUAUUGGUGGCAAGGUUCUGGUCAAGGGAAAGGACGGGAAGAUAGUUGAGAAACUGGUCAAACUUGACUGGCCAAUUGCGAGGAUACCGACACUCGCUCCUCAUUUUGGUGCUGCCGCCCAAGGCCCUUUUAAUUUGGAAACUAAUAUGGUGCCAAUCAUUGGCUUGGACAACUCUGACCUAACAGGCAAAAAGGAGCCAUCCUUGAAUCUUCCUGCUGGAACUUUUGUCGCCAAACAGCCCGAGAGGCUGGUCAAGGCAAUAGCUGGGGAGCUCGGCGUCCAAGAAUACACCUCAAUCAUCAACUGGGAACUCGAGCUGUUCGAUAUUCAGCCAGCCCAGCUUGGUGGACUGGACAGGGAGCUCAUCUUCGCCGGCAGAAUUGACGACAAAUUAUGCUGUUUUGCGGCAAUCGAAGCUCUCUUGGCUUCUUCUGAUGAUGCCUCUCCAGGCAUUGUGAAGAUGGUCGGGUGCUUUGAUAACGAAGAAAUUGGCAGUUACCUUCGGCAAGGUGCUAGGAGCAAUUUCAUGUCCAGUGUCAUCGAAAGAAUUGUUGAGUCUGUGUCUGAUCGCAAUGGUCCCAACCUAGUCAGCCAAACCAUGGCCAAUUCCUUCCUCGUCUCGUCAGAUGUGAUCCAUGCUGUCAAUCCCAACUUUCUAAACGCUUAUCUCGAAAACCAUGCACCGCGAUUGAACGUCGGGAUCGCAGUGUCAGCAGACCCAAAUGGACAUAUGACCACCGACUCGGCUUCGACAGCUUUGUUGUCACGUAUUGCAGAGAAGAGUGGUAGCACACUUCAAGUUUUCCAAAUACGCAACGACUCCCGCAGUGGAGGUACCAUAGGUCCCAUGACUUCCUCACAGUUGGGCUGUCGCGCCAUCGAUUGUGGCAUUCCACAACUAAGUAUGCAUUCGAUUCGCGCCACUACUGGAUCACUCGACCCAGGCCUCGGGGUCAAACUGUAUCAAGGGUUCUUCGACCACUACGAAGAGGUGGACAAGGAGUUUGAAUAG